AUGGUGCUGUUAAUCGCCAUUGAUGCUUAUGCCGCGAAGCCCACUUGUUCUUCGAGGUCGAUUCAAUGUGAGGACCGGAAUUUGUGGAUACCCAAACGACGUCGUGGCCUGAGGAUCUUCUGGCGGCAAAGACUGAUGCUUGCAGCUCAUAAUAAUACUCCGAUCAGCCGCCUGUCGACUAUGGAAUCGACUUGGCAUACGCACACGUGGGAGGAAAAGCUCAAAAGAUAUUAUGGCCUGGAUUUUUUUCUUAAUUGUGUCAAAGAUGGCCAAUCGAGUCCCUUUACGUUGAUUGAUUUGUUUGCUACAGUUGUCAUGGUUGGUCAAGCAGCGAACAAAGACGCGUUUCUUGAAAGCUUCCUCUUGGGCUUCCGCUUGGUUUUUGACUGCGAGAAUUUGAAGCUUGGCUGAUCUACACCUCCAAUUGUGUGUAAAAAUGUUGCAAUUUGAGUUUUCACUGUCUUUGCUUGUUAUAUCUUCUUCUACUGUCUAUAAACCAACACACCAUGGGAACUUAUGAAAAUAAUCAAAUUAACUUGGGGACGCAUGCAGAAGACGGCAAGACACACCGAAUUUAUGUAGGAAGGGCUCGUUUGGGCCAAUGAAUUAUAUGGAUUGUUUUGUUGAAGAUGUUAAUAUGUGCUUAAAAUAACCAUAUGUAAACAAGAUCAUCAUUGGAGACUCGGAGUUUCUAAUGUUUUAGCUUUUGAUUAUUUUUAUUGUAGAUCUAAUUUAGGAUGUUGUGUAGCCUGUCUUGGGCACUCCCUUUAGCAUCUUUUUCCCCGUUAAUUUUUUCUAUUUUCACUUUCACUGCCACAUGUUUUUCAAUCAUACUCUUGCCUCUUGUUUGUCGUCUAAUUCACUUUUAUCCUCGUUGCAUCUUGUCAGCAUCGUGCAAUAUGUCUUUUGCCGUUACUGCUUUGAACUGCAUACAUGGCCUAAUCAAUAUUAAGGGGUUUGUCUACACAAAAAAUCGAGUGAGGGCAAGUAGGAUCUGGCCUUCUCAAUUGAGCAUUGCAGAUUUUGGAGUUCAAAAAGCUCAAAAUAGAAACGUUGUUUUGAUAUGGAUGUCUCGAAUUUGUUCCAUUAAAAGGAAUUUCGGC